CCCAGUUGAAUCUCGCUUCUCAGAAUGCGAAAGGAACGCGCAUUCAACUGAGUUCUGACGUCACAAGUGAGAAUUAUCUGAGAAUCGGAGUAAAUGGAAAGCAACUAUACUUAAUGUGUUGAUUAAUGGGUAUAUUUUGUAUUAAUUUUUGUGAUUGUGAGUGCUAAACUGAACAAUUGCCUGCACUAGCCCACACCUAAAUGAAGAGCAUUCUCUCGAGGAUUAAUCAGGCUAAACGAUUAGUGGUGACGUGCCGCUAUUUAUGUCGAACGACGAUGGCUAAGAGUAAGUUUGAAUAUGUGAAGGAGUUCGAAAAAGACGACAACUGCUUGCCAAAUUGCUGGAUUGUCGUUAGAAUAGAUGGCAGAAAUUUCUCGAAAUUUUGUGAUACGCACAAUUUCGUUAAGCCAAAUGAUGUAGCUGCUCUCGAGUUAAUGAAUCGUGCUGCUGUCACUGUUAUGGAAGAUUUUAAGGAGAUUGUAUUGGGUUUCGGCCAGAGCGACGAAUAUUCGUUUGUAUUCCGGAAAGAUACGCAGCUUUAUAAACGCAGAGCGUCAAAAUUGAUGUCUAAUGUGAAUUCAUUAUUUGCUUCGGCAUAUGUUUAUCAUUGGCCAUACUUCUUCGUGGACAAAAAAUUGUAUUAUCCACCGUCGUUUGAUGCUCGUAUUGUAUUAUAUCCAACAGACAAGAAUUUAAGAGAUUAUUUAGCUUGGCGACAGGCUGACGUACACAUCAAUAACUUAUAUAAUACUUGUUUUUGGAAUUUAAUAUUGAAAGGAAAAUUAACUCCAAGUCAGGCUCAGGAAAAACUUAGAGGCACACUGGCAUCACAUAAAAACGAAUUGCUUUUUCAAGAAUUUGGUAUAAACUAUAAUAAUGAACCGUCAUUAUUUCGAAAAGGUACCACACUUAUUCGGAAAUUAGUACCCGACAAUACAGGAAGAUUAAAACCUACUAUAGUUCCUUUAGUAGAUGAUAUUAUCGGUGACCGUUUUUGGAAAGAGAAUCCUGAAGUGAUUGGUUUGAAAAGUUUAGCAACUUAUCAAUCAUUCAAUUUAACAACUAGCUGUAAGAAUACAAUGCCCGUGCCUGCUUCUUCACCUACUGUGGAAAAACACAAAAAAAUUGAGAAAUUAUGAUACAAAUUGAAAUUAUAGAAUUAAUGA